AUGCCAGCGUGGAGGCCUGGAGUUACUGUAAAAGACGUUAACCAGCAGGAGUUCGUUCAUUGAGCUCUGGCAGCCUUCCUCAAGAAGUCUGGGAAGCUGAAAGUCCCGGAAUGGGUGGACACGGUCAAGCUGGCUAAACACAAAGAACUUGCCCCCUAUGAUGAGAACUGGUUCUAUACGCGAGCUGCUUCAACAGCACGGCACCUGUACCUCCGUGGUGGUGCUGGGGUUGGCUCCAUGACCAAGAUCUACGGAGGAUGGCAGAGAAACGGUGUCAGACCCAGCCACUUCAGCAGAGGCUCCAAGAGCGUGGCCCGCCGUGUCCUCCAAGCCCUGGAGGGGCUGAAAAUGGUGGAAAAGGACCAAGAUGGGGGCCGAAAGCUAACACCUCAGGGACAGAGGGAUCUGGACAGGAUUGCUGGACAGGUGGCAGCUGCCAACAAGAAGAAUUAGAACAAAGGAUGCUGGGUUAAUAAA